CUGGAGCUGGAGCUGUCGGAAGGUGACAUCACUCAGAAAGGAUAUGAAAAAAAAAGAGCAAAGCUGCUUGCACGUUACGUACCACUCAUUCAAGGAAUAGACCCGUCUCUGCAAGCAGAGAGUCGAAUCCCGGGGCCCUCACAAACCACAGCCGCUGCACCCAAACAGCAGAAGUCUCGGCCCACCAACUCGCGGGAUGAGCGCUUCCGGUCAGAUGUUCACACUGAAGCCGUGCAAGCAGCUUUGGCCAGGUACAAGGAAAGGAAGAUGCCCAUGCCUUCGAAAAGACGCUCUGUCCUUGUACACUCGUCUAUGGAGACCUAUACCCCUCCAGACACGUCAUCUGCCUCAGAAGAUGAGGGCUCUUUACGGCGACCUGGGCGACUCACCUCUACUCCGCUCCAGAGCCAUGCUGGCGUCGAGCCCUGGCUCGACAGGGUCAUUCAGGGCUCGUCCACCUCAUCCUCCGCAUCUUCCACCUCAUCUCACCCGGGAGGGAGACCCGCCGCCACGCUGGGGGCUGCUGCUGCCACCGCGCUCGCAGGCCUUGCAGCCCACAUCCACAUAGAUCUGCACUCUGCCCCUCCUGAUGUCACCACGGGCCUUGUGGAGCAUUCAUACUAUGAACGGCCACAAGUGGCCUCUGUGAGAGGUGUUCCUCGGGGGCACAGUGGGGGUGCCUUGGACACAGCAGACGGGGUUCCUGUGAACAGCAGAGUGUCCUCCAAGAUCCAGCAGCUUCUGAACACCCUGAAGAGGCCAAAGCGCCCUCCACUGAAAGAGUUUUUUGUGGACGAUUUUGAGGAAUUGUUGGAAGUUCAGCAACCUGAUCCAUAUCAGCCGAAGCCUGAGGGAAAUGAGAUGGUAGUGCUGAAAGGGGAGCCUGUGGCUGUGGGGACUCCCUGGCCUCCGUCUCUGCUGGCUGCCCUACAGCAGUGGGGCACAACACAGCCCAAAGCUCCCUGUCUGACUGCCUUGGAUACAACUGGGAAGGCCAUCUACACCCUCACCUAUGGCAAACUUUGGAGUCGGAGUUUAAAACUAGCUUACACUCUGCUUAAUAAGCUGACUAGUAAGAACGAGCCACUGCUUAACCCUGGAGACAGAGUGGCGCUCGUGUUUCCAAAUAGUGACCCGGUGAUGUUCAUGGUUGCAUUUUAUGGGUGCCUCCUGGCAGAGCUGGUUCCUGUUCCCAUAGAAGUGCCAUUAACAAGAAAGGAUUCGGGCAGCCAGCAGGUGGGGUUUCUGUUAGGCAGCUGUGGAGUCACCCUGGCCCUGACCACAGAUGCUUGUCAGAAGGGCCUACCCAAGGCACAGACUGGAGAGGUGGCGACUUUCAAAGGUUGGCCCCCACUCGCCUGGUUGGUGAUUGAUGGGAAGCACCUGGCCAAACCUCCCAAGGACUGGCUUCCUCUGGCUCAAGACACAGGGGCAGGGACUGCCUACAUUGAGUAUAAAACCAGUAAAGAAGGCAGCACAGUGGGGGUCACAGUGACCCAUGCAUCCCUGCUGGCCCAGUGCCGGGCUCUGACCCAGGCGUGCGGCUACACGGAAGCUGAAACAUUAACAAACGUGCUGGAUUUCAAAAGGGAUGCUGGUCUGUGGCAUGGAGUGCUAACAAGCGUCAUGAACAGGAUGCAUGUGGUCAGCAUCCCAUACGCACUGAUGAAAGUCAACCCACUGUCCUGGAUCCAGAAAGUGUGUUCUUACAAAGCCCAGGCCGCGCUGGUGAAGUCCCGUGAUAUGCACUGGUCUCUCCUAGCUCAGCGGGGUCAGAGAGACAUCAGCCUCAGCUCACUGCGCAUGCUGAUCGUGGCCGAUGGUGCGAACCCAUGGUCCAUUUCCUCCUGUGAUGCCUUCCUCAACGUCUUCCAGUCCCGAGGCCUGAGGCCAGAAGUCAUCUGUCCUUGUGCCAGUUCUCCUGAGGCACUGACAGUCGCCAUACGCAGGCCACCUGAUCUAGGGGGACCUCCUCCAAGAAAAGCUGUCCUGUCCAUGAAUGGUCUAAGUUACGGUGUGAUCAGAGUUGAUACCGAAGAAAAGCUGUCAGUCCUUACUGUUCAGGAUGUCGGUCAGGUGAUGCCUGGAGCUAAUGUAUGUGUCGUGAAGAUAGAAGGUAUUCCUUACCUUUGUAAAACUGAUGAAGUUGGAGAAAUAUGUGUGAAUUCCAGUGCAACCGGCACAGCGUACUAUGGUCUGCUGGGAAUCACGAAGAACAUAUUCGAGACUGUCCCAGUCACUGAAGGAGGAACACCUGUCUCUGAAAGACCUUUCACCAGGACGGGCCUGCUGGGCUUCAUUGGGCCUGAUGACCUGGUCUUCAUCGUGGGCAAGCUGGACGGGCUGAUGGUCGUUGGAGUUCGCAGACAUAAUGCGGAUGAUGUUGUAGCCACUGCGCUGGCUGUGGAGCCCAUGAAGUUUGUCUACAGAGGCAGGAUUGCUGUGUUCUCUGUGACUGUGCUGCAUGAUGACCGGAUCGUCCUGGUGGCUGAGCAGCGGCCUGAUGCCUCGGAGGAGGACAGCUUCCAGUGGAUGAGCCGUGUGCUGCAGGCCAUUGACAGCAUCCACCAGGUGGGCGUGUACUGUCUGGCCCUGGUUCCUGCCAACACCUUGCCCAAGGCUCCUCUGGGAGGAAUUCACGUUUCCGAAACAAAACAGCGCUUUCUAGGAGGGACGCUGCACCCGUGCCAUGUGCUGAUGUGUCCUCACAGCUGUGUGACCAACCUUCCUAAACCUCGUCAAAAACAACCAGAGGUUGGACCUGCCUCAAUGGUUGUUGGGAAUCUGGUGGCUGGGAAAAGAAUCGCACAGGCCUCCGGGAGAGAGCUCGCCCACCCUGAAGACAGCGAUCAGGCACGGAAGUUCCUGUUUCUGGCUGACGUAUUACAGUGGCGGGCCCACACCACCCCUGACCACCCGCUGUUUCUGCUGCUGAAUGCCAAGGGUACAGUUGCCAGCACUGCAACCUGUGUCCAGCUGCACAGAAGGGCUGAAAGGGUAGCUGCUGCUCUGAUGGAGAAAGGAAGACUGAAUGUUGGGGACCACGUGGCUUUGGUCUAUCCCCCAGGCGUGGACCUCAUAGCUGCAUUCUACGGCUGCCUGUACUGUGGCUGUGUGCCUGUCACUGUGCGGCCUCCACACCCUCAAAACCUUGGCACCACACUGCCCACCGUGAAGAUGAUUGUAGAGGUCAGCAAGUCCGCCUGUGUCCUCACCACCCAGGCCAUCACACGGCUGCUCAAGUCCAGGGAAGCUGCUGCUGCUGUGGACGUCAGGACCUGGCCAACCAUUCUAGACACAGAUGACAUGCCAAAAAAGAAGGUAGCUAGCAUUUUCAGACCCCCCUCCCCAGACGUGCUCGCGUACUUGGACUUCAGCGUGUCGACCACUGGGAUAUUAGCGGGGGUGAAGAUGUCCCACGCAGCCACAAGUGCCUUGUGCCGCUCCAUCAAGCUGCAAUGUGAGCUGUACCCCUCGCGGCAGAUCGCCAUCUGCCUCGACCCCUACUGCGGCCUUGGCUUCGCCCUGUGGUGUCUGUGCAGCGUCUACUCUGGACACCAGUCGGUGCUGGUGCCCCCACUGGAACUGGAGAGCAACGUGUCCCUGUGGCUGUCAGCCCCCAGCCAGUACAAGGCCCGCGUCACCUUCUGCUCCUACUCAGUGAUGGAAAUGUGCACCAAGGGCCUGGGCGCGCAGACGGGCGCCCUCAGGAUGAAGGGAGUGAACCUGUCCUGUGUGCGCACAUGCAUGGUAGUUGCUGAGGAGCGGCCCAGGAUCGCACUUACGCAGUCCUUCUCCAAGCUGUUCAAGGACCUGGGCCUGCCUGCACGUGCCGUGAGCACCACUUUUGGGUGCAGGGUCAAUGUGGCCAUCUGUCUCCAGGGCACAGCUGGCCCGGACCCCACAACCGUCUACGUGGACAUGCGGGCGCUGCGCCACGACAGGGUACGUUUGGUAGAACGGGGUUCUCCGCAUAGUCUGCCGUUGAUGGAGUCUGGAAAGAUUCUUCCUGGAGUGAAGGUCAUCAUUGCACAUGCUGAGACAAAAGGGCCCCUUGGAGACUCGCACCUGGGAGAGAUCUGGGUGAGCAGCCCCCACAAUGCCACGGGGUACUACACGGUCUAUGGGGAGGAAGCACUUCAUGCCGACCACUUCAGCGCCCGCCUGAGUUUUGGAGACACACAGACCAUUUGGGCAAGGACUGGCUACCUCGGCUUCCUUCGAAGAACAGAGCUCACUGACGCCAGUGGAGAACGACAUGAUGCACUGUAUGUGGUCGGGGCUCUGGAUGAAACACUCGAGCUGAGAGGCAUGCGGUACCACCCCAUCGACAUCGAGACGUCCGUGAUCCGAGCACACAGGAGCAUUGCCGAGUGUGCCGUGUUCACCUGGACCAACCUGCUGGUGGUAGUGGUGGAGCUGGAUGGGCUGGAGCAGGAUGCACUGGACCUGGUUGCCCUGGUUACCAACGUGGUGCUGGAGGAGCACUACCUAGUUGUGGGCGUGGUGGUCAUCGUGGACCCAGGCGUGAUCCCCAUCAAUUCUCGGGGUGAGAAGCAGCGCAUGCACCUGCGAGACGGGUUUCUAGCUGACCAACUGGACCCAAUCUAUGUUGCCUACAACAUGUAAGCCUAGUGCACCAGGCCUGAGACAGGCAUGGUCUGGACAUGGAGGCAUCGGGACCAGUCAGCGGUGUAACACGUGAAGACCCUGGGAGAGAGGAGUCCAGUCUCCACGGUGAUUCACCCCUCUCUGUGCUUUUAUAGUUCUCUCUCCACAGCUCCCCAAAGCUCAGUUUAGAAACCUCUUCCUGAAUUGUUUAAGGAUAUACUUUGAAUCUGCCAAGUACCUUUAAGAAAUAUGGUUGCCAGUAUGUUAACUGGCAUGGAAAUGGAGUGAUGGGAAAGGAAACGAAGGCCCGGCAUGGGCAUCACGAGGUGUUGCAGACACCUUGGUUGUUUUCUACUGUAUUGCAAGCUUGCACCUUUUUAGGAUAAAAAUAUAGUUCUAAUUUUUAAAAUUCAAUUAUUUAUUCCAACUUCAAAUGAUAAGUUUAUAGAAUUUAUGCAGGAGGGAGCCUUGAGGCCUCUAGUACAGCUGCCUCACUUACAUUUCACAGGCUUGAGCUGAGGCCAGCAGGGCUGAUGGAAGGGGAACAAAUUUAAGGACCAACACGAUGGCCACACAAGCCGCCCCCUCCUUGUCAGUCUGUUCACUGAAAUUGGUGCACCCUGUUGUCUGAAUAGUGUCAUCGCUAAAACUCUCUAAGUGCCAUUUUGGACUGUCAAGUUAGAUGCUCUGUUUCAGGAAGACAAACCAAUAGUUAGUUUCAAAUUACUUCGUAAUUUGCUGAGGCUUACUGAAGUUGGGCCCUUCUGAGCUACAGCCUUGGCUGGUAUGUAACUUUAUACUGGUUUCAUGACACUCCAAUAUUCAUUCUUAUGGAAGUGUACUGAAUCAUUUUCAUUCCAAGUUAGCAGAUGCAGAAGCAUUGGUGGCACAGUCAAAGGUUUUCAUGUCCUUAGUGUUGUUUGCUGAGCACUCUGAGGAACAGUCAAAGAGCAGUGGGAAAGCCUUGUCCCAUGUUGAAAAUGGAGAUGUACCCUCAUCAUUGACUUUUGCAUUUUGAGUUGUGUGCCUAUAAAAUCUAGCCAAAUCAUUUUCUGUUAUUUUAUUCAAACUAGACUAAACUGAGCAAUCUAAUAUACUGAACCUAAAUCAAGGAAGAGAAUGUAAAACCUUUUAGAUGCUUCUGAGAAUUCGAAGCAUAAAUCUAAGACCCAGAUUAUUUUUUUAUAGCUAAUAAAGGGUAUGUUAUGAAGUUGUUGGGUUUUGGGGAUACCGAGGGUGGGAAAGUUUAUAAAUCAUGCAUGCUCCACAGAAACAACCAGGUUGUUCCAGAAUUAGCCUGGAUCAGUGCCUAACAAAGCUGUUACUAAUUUACCACAAAUGAGUCUGGAUUAAGGGGCCGAUUCUCACAUCCUACUCUUAUUU